AAUUAGGUCAUAGAGGGGCCAAAGGAAACCAUAGCCACUUUGUUUCUCACUGUGGCUCCACUCAUGACCUGUUGUUUGUGUAGAGAGCCUGCGGUACACCCAGCUGAGAGGAAUACUGAUCAGUUUGCUGUAAGCAACUCUCGGGGGAGGGGGCUUUGCAAUGGAGGGAGAAUUCCUCAAAGGAAACAGCCUUGAGACAUCGGGUAAAGACAACAACCUGGUGAAGAAGACCCAGCUGUUGGACCGUGGCCAGUGGGCAAACAAGUUGGAGUUCUUGCUGGCUGUGGCAGGAACCCUGGUUGGACUGGGAAACCUGUGGAGGUUCCCCUAUUUGUGCUACAAAAAUGGGGGAGGUGCAUUUUUGGUUCCGUACAUCUUGUUUCUGCUUGCCUGUGGUAUCCCAAUGUUCCUGCUGGAGACAGCCAUGGGACAGUUCACAUCUCAAGGGUGCAUCACCUGUUGGAGGCACUUCUGCCCUUUGUUUGAAGGGAUUGGUUAUGCUACCCAGGUUGUGAUUGCGUAUGCUGCCGUGUCAUACAUCGUCAUCCAAGCGUGGGCCUUCUUCUACCUGUUCUCGUCCUUCAGCGCUGAGGUUCCGUGGGCCAGUUGCAGGAACACCUGGAACACAGAGUUUUGUGUUGAAUUUGAUAAAAAAAAUGUGUCUUCCAAUUGGACAGCAACUGAGAACUCAACAACGCCUGCAACAGAAUUCUGGGAGAGACGAGUGCUGGGUAUAAGUCAGGGGAUUGAGGAGGUUGGUAGCCUGAGGUGGGAGUUGGCCCUGUGUCUCUUACUGGCGUGGAUCCUGUGCUACUUCUGUGUUUGGAAAGGAGUGAGAUCCACUGGAAAGGUAGUUUACUUUACAGCCACGUUCCCCUACCUGAUGCUGGUGGUCCUGCUGGCUCGUGGACUCACUUUACCGGGAGCUAUGGACGGCUUAGCUUUCUACCUGUAUCCUGACCCGACAAGGUUGGUGGACCCUCAAGUUUGGAUGGAUGCAGGCGCACAGGUUCUUUUCUCUUUUGGGAUUUGUCAGGGCAGUUUGACAGCUCUGGGCAGUUACAAUCAGUAUAAUAAUGAUUGUUACAAGGACACAUUUGUUCUGUGUUUGGUGAAUGGCGGGUCAAGCUUUGUGGCAGGGUUUGCAAUCUUUUCAGUUCUGGGUUUUAUGUCGUACGAACAAGGAGUGCCAAUAUCUGAGGUGGCUGCUUCUGGACCUGGCUUGGCAUUUAUCGCCUACCCACGUGCAGUAGCCAUGAUGCCUUUACCUCAGUUAUGGGCUGUAUGUUUCUUCAUCAUGGUCAUCUUGCUGGGCGCAGACACACAGUUUGUGAGCCUGGAGUGCCUGAUGACCUCCGUGACAGACAUGUUCCCCACGGUGUUUCGAAGAGCUUAUCGUCGAGAACUGCUGCUGCUUUGUCUCUGCUCCGUUUGCUUCUUCCUUGGCCUCCUUCUUGUCACAGAGGGAGGCUUGUAUUUCCUUCAGCUUUUUGACCAUUAUGUCUGCAGUGGCAACAAUCUUCUCCUUCUCUCAGUGUGUCAGUCAAUAGCAAUCGGAUGGAUAUAUGGUGCGGAUCGUCUCUAUGACAACAUUGAAGACAUGAUAGGUUAUCGUCCGUGGCCAUUAAUGAAGCUUUGCUGGCUUUAUAUUACCCCCACUGUUUGUCUGGGUACCUUCAUCUUUUCAGUGGUGAAGUACAAGCCGCUCAAGUUCAACAAAACCUACGUCUACCCGACCUGGGCUUACGCUCUGGGCUGGUUCCUCGGACUGUUUUGUGUUCUCCUGGUCCCUCUGUGGAUAAUCUUUAAAGUGACUCAGAUGAAAGGGACAGUACGGCAGAACCUCAGGCAGCUGUGCCGCCCUGAAAACAAGACGCACAACACAGCAAAGCAACCUGAGCAGUGCCCUUUGAACCCAGACAACACCCUCACUCCUGCUGCCACUGAAUACAAGGCAGGCGGUGGAGGGGAGGUGGAGAUGCAAAUGUGAGACACGGCACACAUUUGAUACUGCUUUAUAAUAAGAUGUUAUUAUUUGAAACUUUUAAACAGGUUUUUACAAGCUACGCAUUUUUAAGAAAUCGUGAUGAGCAUUUAAUUCUGAAGACUUCCACCUCUGCUGGGUUUCCAUGUGAGGUCUUCAACCUGCACGGUAAGCAGUGAGUCUUAUGUCGCUGUAACAUGUCACUGCUGCAGACCUACGUUGUAAACACACAGUAUUGACAAGCUUUUUCAGUCAAAGCAAACCUUUAAUGUGUUGUUUUCAUGUUUCAAUAUGCCACCUCCAUAGGGGAUCAGGAGAUGCCAAUCUUGAUUGUCACUGCCCACUAAGAUGCACCACAGAUGUCUAAACAAUCCCACACCACCAAAAAAUGACAACGUAAAACAAAUAAUAAAAAAAAGAAAUCCCCAGCUCCAAUGGUAGCUAUGACGCAUUCAUACAAAGCAGUAUGCCUUUAUAAGGAAUUCACAUUAGUGGUAAAUGCUUCAUUUUUAUUCUUCCAUAUAUUAAACUUAAAUUAUAUCCUAAAAAUAAGUGUAUUUGACAUGGUUCGCCUUAUACAUAUCCAGAUGCAGGACUGAAGUCUAAGUAUUAUCUGCACUAUUAGGUAUCUACCUAUCCUUUGUUAUAAUGCUGUGGGGGCCAUAAGCCUGAGUCUGCUACCAACAAGCAAAUUGCCUCUCACAGUGCGGUGUACGUUUAUGCUUUGCAGCGUAAACUAACUGCAACCCAAGCGCUCAUUAUCUCACUGAAUGAUGUGGUUUAAUUACGGGUCUUCACACUCACAGUUUAUCAUAUGGAGAAAUGUUUGAGUGGAUUAGACAGACAUCCUGCUCAAAACAAUACAACACACCUGACGGGAGUUACGCUGUUUGUCACUGUUGUGACCCCCUGAUAAAUGCUCGCUCUGCUAAGCAGGUCGUUACUGCCAACUUGAAAUGUCUAAAAUAAGAUUCAUUUUUGCAAAGAAAAUGUAACUGCCACCUCAAGGACUUGAAUGGGCAUAAAAUUCUCACUGCAAAAAUCUGAUUUAAAAGUAAAGUGUCAAAGGUAAAAGAGUGUGUUCAUGAAAACCUGUGCAGAGAAGUGUACUACAGCUCCCAGGGGACACUGCAGGAAGAAACAUAAAAUACGGGUGUUUGUCAAAAGGAUCUCCACUCAUUAAAUUCUGUUGCCGGUAUCGCUACUGGCAGCCAGAAGCUGCUGAUUAUACUUUGUAGCUCACUGUUAAUAUAUUGAGCAGUUUUGGAUAUACAAUGAUUAUAUCAGGAAGUGCAGUGCACUGUUUUAAUCCUGAUUACAACAACAAAACACUCUGAUUUUCUGAGUUACACCUCUGUCUGACUUCUCCAUAGCAACAGCUGCUGUGGCUCAACUGUAGUACUUGACCAUACCUAACUGGUAAAGAAAAAAAGGAAAUGAAAUCCAUGCUUAAAAAUUAGGACACUGCGUAAAACAUACAUGAAUGAGAUAACUGUUUUGACACAUAUUCAGUUGAAAACAGUACAAAGACAGAAUAUUUAAUGUUUCACCUCAUCAGCUUCAUUGAUGCGUGUGUGUUUGCGUCCUCUAUUUGAUGUUUCAAACAAGUUGGGACAGGGGCAACAAAAGACUGGGGAAGUAGUGGAACACUCCAAAUACACCUGUCUGGAUCAUUCCACAGGUAAACAGGUUGAUUGGUUCCAGGUGGUUGGUUUGAAAAUAGCACUUUUUUGGAAUCAGGGUUGUAUAUUUGCACUGAAGUUAUAAUAAAUAUAACUGAUAUAUAAAACAAACAUGAGUUUAAAAUGGGGGAAGCCACAGCUCUGCCCAAAUGUGUCACUUAAUGGAUGCUUGCAAAGUCUAAGGUAAAUUUUGUGUAAACAAGAUAUUCAGAUAUUGUCCAGUGUCAGACAUGCACAAUUUAUGGCAGUCAGUUCUGACUUUUGCGCCCCACUGUAGCUGUUUUAUUAAAGUAAACACGUGAAGGCAUCCGUGACAGCUGAUUGUUGGAAAACUGAUGUUGAAUUCUUGGCAAUGUCGAAGGAGCACUGACAAGAGAGUGAAGGUGAUUAAAUAAAGCUGCUGAAGUCUCAAUAUUAUUAGACAUGAUAUGUGUUAUGUCAAUGUAAGGAAUGAAGUCUAACAUGCUGUAACCACAUUGCACCUGAAGUAUGAAUCAAUGUUAUAUCUGCCAUAACUUCUGGCUUCCUGGCUGUAUCUGGCUACUCAAGUAAAUUCAAGUUCAUAUUAUGUCUGUUUGUGUUUUUAGGUUUUUUUUUUUUCGAUAGUCUUUCUAGUCUUACUGUAGCCGUAUAGUCACUCAUUGACUGAUUUAAGCAUAUGACAUUUAAUGCUGUUGCCACCGCAAGUAAAUCACAAAAGUGCACUUUUUCAGGUUACAUAAUUUUAUAUACAUUUAUAUAUGCAUUGUAAAACAAUUGUUUUUUGUCAAAUUCUAUUCAUGCUAUGAUAAAUCAAUGACUUUGGUUUCAUAUUGUGCUGAUUUUCAAUUGUAUUUAUACACUCUGUUGUUAUUGUAUGUUAUCCUAGACUGGGCAUUACUUUAAUGAGACACAGCUAAAAGCAGGAAAUAAAUGCAAAUGUUCCUCCGCAGACUUCAGGAAAAACCUAAACAAAACUGUCUCCUCAGUCUCGUGAACCCGCACUGUUUGAAAUAAAGCAACAAGAGCUUAUUAUAUAUAUUAUUAUAUAAUGUGACAUUUCUCUAUCGCAAACUGAAAGGAAAGACAUGUUGAGGUACAUUUACUGUGCUGUAGUAUUUCCAUUUUAUUCUACUUUAUACUCUUACUCUACUACACUUCAGAGGAGGAAAUACUGUACUGUUUACUUCACUACAGCUGUUAGAGUAUUUUUUACUGUGUGGUAUGAAUACUUUUACUAUGUUAAAUGAUCUGAAUGCUUCUUCCAAAACCAGUGAUCGAGUAUAUUGAAGAGAUUUGGCUGGAAUGAGCGAAUGCUCUUGUGUGAAAGCUGAAAAGGCCACAUUAGCAACCAACAAGCUAUAGUA